UUUAUUGUGCAUGCUUGAAUAAAUUCAAAUUGUUUAAACUUCUAUCAAAUUGAGAAGUUUUAGGGACACAACUAAAUAAUUCCAUUUAGAAAAGGUUUCAGUUAAUUUUGUCUUGUGCAGUGCAAUGCAGGAAUUAGCAUAUUGUAGACACAAUGAGCCUAAACAUUCAUUCUUCCUGGUUAAUUUCAAAUUCCACCACUACCAGCAGCUGGGAGGAAAGUGGUAGUAGGUUCUAGCUUUAAAACCAGUUCAGUACUGAUGAGUUAUUCAUUCCUUUUUUAUUCCUGCCCAAACGUCCCAUCUUGAAAGUGCAACAUAAGGCGACUCUGGGACUCUCAGGAGGGGAGGGCAGGCCACCACCACAGAGGGAGGAGGAGGAGGAGGAGGAAGGAGGGAGGGAGGGAGAGGGUUGAGUAGACGCGGCUGUGACAAAAAGCCGAUUACAGAAGGCCACCGAGUCCUCUGUGGCAAUUUCCAUCCGCUCUCUCCUGGUCAUUCGAGAGGAGGACACAGCUGCAGCUGAAGUUUGUGGGUUUUCAAGGAGCAGGAUUCAUUCAUCAUAAAAAGUUUUACAGGGAGGCGGCAACUUUUCUAUACGGGUUUUUUCCCACUUUGAGGCUUUCACGUUCCUUGCAGCAAUCUCCUGUCAUGUUACAUCAGGAACCUAUUAAUAAUUAAAUUUAACAAAUUAUCAGAAAGUAAAUGAAACAUUUAGGUCUCAUGACAAAUUAAACGAAAACUACACAACGUUCAACGUUUUUCCAGUUUAAGUGAAAAUUACCCAGAAAUGAAAAGUCCUACUAGGAGUAUAGAUGAUCAGAGAAGAACUGGAGAAAGCCCAGCUCACAAACCGGAGAUUCCCAGGUACCGCAGCUGGAGCAGCCUCCGCUUCUCCAGAUGGAGAAGCAGCUCCCAGAGGACAACCCCUCCAGGCACCCCCUCUCCAAAGACAGAAAAGAGAAGUGAUGUUUCAAGGACUCUCUUCUCCCUGGUCAAGACCCACAAUGAUGACUAUACAGCAGACCCAGAUGGCAUCCUGGAUGUGGACGGAGAGGCCGAAGGAGGCCUGGAUGAUCUCAUUCAGGAUCAGUCCACAUACUUCCAGAAGCAGUUUGGCUCCAUGCUUCAGCCUGGCGUCAACAAGUUCUCCCUGCGCAUGUUCGGCAGUCACAAAGGAGUUGCAGCAGAACAGGAAAGGGUCAAGAGCUUUGGAGUUUGGAUCAUUCACCCCUACAGUGAUUUCAGGUUUUACUGGGAUAUUGUGAUGCUCCUUCUGAUGAUGGGUAAUCUGGUCAUCCUACCUUGGGGAAUAACCUUCUUUGAGGACCAAAACACCUUGCCCUGGAUCAUCUUCAAUUUCCUGUCCGACACCCUCUUCCUCAUGGAUCUGGUUUUCAACUUUCGUACGGGUAUCCCGGGAGAGGACAGCCAUAUAAUUCUGGACCCCAAAGAGAUCCGGAUGCAUUACCUCCGCACCUGGUUCCUAGUAGACUUCAUCUCCUCCAUCCCUGUCGACUACAUCUUUCUAAUCGUUGACCUGGAGUCCCGCCACGAGUCGUCUGAUGUGUACAGAACCGCCCGCGCUCUCCGGAUCGUGCGUUUCACCAAGAUUCUCAGCCUGCUGCGUCUUCUGCGGCUCUCACGUCUCAUCCGAUACAUCCAUCAGUGGGAAGAGAUGUUUCACAUGACUUACGACCUGGCCAGUGCUGUGGUGCGUAUUGUCAACUUGAUUGGUAUGAUGCUGCUGUUGUGCCACUGGGAUGGCUGCCUGACCUUCAUGGUUCCCAUGCUGCAAGACUUUCCUCCAGACUGUUGGGUAUCUAGAAACAACAUGGCGAACGCCACCUGGCACAUACAGUACUCCUACGCCCUGUUCAUGGCCAUGAGUCACAUGUUAUGUAUAGGAUACGGCGCUAACCCUCCAGAGGGCAUGACCGAUGUUUGGCUUACCAUGAUCAGCAUGGUUGUUGGGGCCACCUGCUAUGCCAUGUUCCUGGGUCAUGCAACCAACCUGGUACAAUCUUUGGAUGCAUCCCAUCGCCAGUAUCAGGAGAAGUACAAGCAGGUGGAACAGUACAUGUCGUUUCAUAAACUGCCAGCAGAUGUAAGGCAGAGGAUUCAUGAUUACUACGAGCAAAGAUUCCAAGGCAAGAUGUUUGAUGAGGACAGCAUACUGGGAGAACUCAGCGAUCCACUGAAGGAGGAGAUUGUCAGCUAUAACUGCCGUGGCCUCGUCGCCAACAUGCCACUCUUUGCCAACACCGACCCUCACUUUGUGACAGUGAUCCUCACCAAGCUGCGCUUUGAAGUUUUCCAGCCGGGAGACUUUGUAAUCCGAGAAGGAACCCUGGGUCGGAAAAUGUAUUUCAUCCAGCAUGGCACCGUCACGAUUAUCCCGCGUGGCAGUAAGGAGCUCAGGCUCAGUGAUGGCUCAUACUUUGGGGAGAUCUGCCUGCUAACUCAGGGCCGACGGACUGCCAGCGUGAGGGCCGAAACCUACUGUCGUCUUUAUUCGCUGAGCGUGGACGACUUCAACGAGGUCCUGGAGGAGCAUCCUCUGAUGAGGAGGGCGUUUGAGAGCGUGGCUGUAGAGCGACUGGAUCGGGUUUCACGCAGGUCUAGUUACCAGCCUCCAACAGCUGAGUCUGAGUGACUGGCCCUCAAUAAAGAGAGAGAGUGCAAUGCCAGCCAGAAACAUGAAGCACUUUUUUUAAUGAUCUCCAGAAAAUAGCAGAACUGCAGAUGUAAAAAGUGCACAGUGAUGGACAUCCAGAGGGAGACCCAAUAUGUCGCACUUGGUUGGAACUAUAUUUUAUCACUUGAACAUUAAAAAUUAAUUAAGUUUAUGUAUAAUAUUUGUAUUUUAUUUCUGUUAAAAGUCACGGUAUCAGUUACAACCUGAAUGGACCUCUGACAUGGCUUUUUCUUGUUUUGUGUAAAUGAGAGGUAUAGAUCCACACUGUAAAUCUUGCUUAAAACCAACCAGAUAAUUCAAACAUUUGAAUUGCAUGUGUUUUCGAGCAGAGGCAGGCAGAAAGCAUGCACUGGACCUCAUUGACUGAAUUUACAUCUGCCCAGCACUGGUUUGAGACCACCAGAUGGUGAUGCAUCAUAAAGCUUUAUGACUCUACUGAUCCCUAAGAUCUGUAUGUUGUGUCACAUGGAGGUUAAUACCGAUGGGUGUAGACGAUAAGCUCCAGUGAUGUAAACUUUUACAUCACCCUAUCUUAUUUGGGUUUGUUAGUAUUUAUAAUUUGUUUCCAACCAUAAUAUGUUUUGAAAUGAUCACACUCACAAAAAAAACUCUGUUAUUACUGUACCACAUUUUUAAAGAUUAAAGCAUUUAAAUUCUCCCAAAAUAUGAUUAUUCUCAACCGCUCUUUACCCCUAAGAGGGACAGAUGCAGACAGAACAUUAAGUUAUUUAAAUUUUUCUCCUCAUUGGCAUUUAAUCGACACUUUGUUUACAUGCUUAAGGACACUGUUAAUAAGGUUUGUUUAGAUUGUGUUUUGGUUAAAGCAGGAAUUUACCAGAGUGGUGAUAAUAUUUUAAUUUAAACUGUAUAAAAUUAGAUUAAAUUUGAGGGAUAAAUUGUUUUGUACAUUUGAUGAAAAGAAUAAGUUAAGCUGACAGAGAUGCUCCCACAAACGUAUUUUAGACCUCCUCUGAUG